CGCUGCUGCAUUCGUUGAACAUGUCUUUCCUCCGUCUGGCUGUCCGCAACGUUGCUCGGACUCGGGUUGUCGCCGCUCCUGUGGCUUUCUCUGCGCGCACCGGCUUCCUCCAACGCGCGCAAUACUCUGCUGCUGCUGGCCUGAACAAGGAGCAGAUUACAGCGCGUAUUUUGGAUGUCCUGAAGGGUUUUGAGAAGGUCAAGCCGGAGAAGCUCACCCCUGCUGCUUCUUUCGCGGAAGACUUAGGCCUUGACAGCCUCGACGCCGUCGAAGUCGUCAUGGCCGUAGAAGAGGAAUUCCAGAUUGAGAUCCCAGAUGCUGAGGCGGACGAGAUUAAGACUGUAGGGCAUGCCAUCGAGUAUAUUGCCAAGACUCCAGAUGCCAAGUAAAUGAGACAUUGAUAUCUAACGGCACCUCCUGGAAUUCCACGCCCAGUCGCGACGGAAAUUACGUGUACUAGGCGAAGUAAGUGGAUGUGUCAUGCACAGCUCAUCGGCUUGCUCCUUUGUACUGCCAUAGACAAUGCAAGUAUAUCGAGUCCAGUUUCUACAACCUUCUUUGUCGCUUUGAACAUGCUCUGAAUGUCAAUAUCUAUAUUCCUU